GACACUCAGCUGGUAGGUUGGUUCCCAGUUACCUGCCGGCGCUGCUGCUGCUGCUGCACGGAACCUGUUUCAUCUGUGGAUCCUGCUUGUCCUGCUGCUGAUUUCCAUUUGAUUGGCCGGGGGCUGGUGCUGCCUGAGAGCCCGGGGGGCGUUAGUGCUCGGUACCACAGGAACUUGCAUUGACUUUCAGGUCUUUCACAUCGACUCUUCCUACUCUUUCUGGAUUGGGGGGUUUUGAUUGAUUUGUUGGGCUCAUCCCGUGUGGGGCUAGGGAACGACUGGUAGCCGGGACCGGCCUGCUCUGCCGCAGCCAAACUUUGCCUUUUAAUUGCCCCCCCUGCCUCCUUGGAGCAGUGCCCAGAGCCACCAAGCAUCAACAUGAAAUCCUCGUUACUGCCCAGUCCCCUUACUGGAAGGACAAGACUCCCUUAACCUCCCCGUUGACUCGUAGAAUUAUGCUAAGGUGCAGGAGCUACAGCUGAUGAUGUUGGCCAGAAGCAAACUGAAAAGGCAAGAAAAUGGCACUGCCUUCCGGCACAGAAAACCCUCGGUAAAAAUAUUUCCUUUUAAACAAUCCAAAAGGCAAAAACUAGCUCUGUGCCUCCGGGAGAAGAUGAAACGAUUACUGCAAGGGCCUGUCGAUAAGAUUUCAGCAAACCAUGAUAAUCAGAUCUUCCCGGUGGAGAUCGAUGAAGACCUGUUUGUGUGCGGGAUAAAGAGAACGCCAAACAUUGCAUUUCAGAAACCUGUUGACGAUAUGGAGCUGAAGGAAGAGCCCAAAGAGUUAAAUAAGACUUGUGUUGAAGGACCGGAUGAAUGUUUAACACCAAGUCUGAAAUUGCCAGACGAGCAAAACAGUUGUGACCACGACGAGGGCAACUCCUCAAAUGAGGAAGACAGUGAAGUCCUAUCCCCGUGCCAAAGCAGUGGCCUCCCCUCCGAUAAGCAGGAUAUGUCUGCCAUUAGUAUCACAAUGAGCUGGAGAGAGAUUUCUGAACACAAUUCACUGUUUUGUCCCAAUAUUCCUUUGGACCCUGACAGGGAAAGCACCGGCAGUAGUGACCGUUCCGGGGACGUAGUCGAAUACAUCAUCAAGGAGCUUCAAGGAAUAAGCCGAAUUCAGGCCGAGAUUGCGGAACUAAGGCAACAUUUGAGCUUGAUUAAAGGGUCAGUGGAAGAGGUUUCCACUUGUGUUGAUAGUGUCCUUAAUGAGAUUGAGGGCUUGCAAGUUGGCGUAAAAAGCCCUGGCACGGCCUCAAGUGCUGAGCUCUAUAAAGACUCUCAAAAUGAAGAGACCGUUUUGUACUUCUAUGGUGUCUCAGAACACGAGGGGGAGAACACGUUGGAUGCCAUCCAUUGUUUCUUAUCUGAUCACCACUGCUUUAAUGGCGUUCAAAGCAAAGAAUACAUAAAGGAUGCCUAUAGGCUGGGGAAUGGGGCAAGCGGUUUGUUAGACCCCAGACCCACAGUAGUUAGACUGGCUCACCGUGAGCAGAGGGACUUUAUUUUACAAAAUUCCGUGCGUUUACAGAGUGCCGGAGUGAGGAUCGUUCCAUUUGAAGAGCACAACAUUCAAGGUCUACAAAGUCGGAAUAGAGCUAAUUCAAUGUCUGUUCUCCAGCAAGGUUUGAGGGAGAAUCGGUGGAGCUCUGUGAGCCUUGAUAAGGGUGUGGUACGUCCCGAUGACUCUGGGGGUGAUUGGAAAACUGAGUCGUUUCGUAUUCGAUAUAAGAAUUCCAGCACCGAGACUCAGUGCGCGGGGGAAGAGUUUGUGUUUGCACAAACGUCAACAAAAUGCAACUUAACAGCAGAGCUGGAGGCAACUGGAAGUCAAGUGUGUCAGGUCAAAGAGAACUGUGAACUGGAGAAAAGUGUCAGCCACCUGUGUAUUCGCCUGGACUCUCAGGAGUCUCAACAGAACCUUCACAUUACCAACAAGCCUUCAUCCAUGGACAAGGCCAACUGUAGGUGUGCCCGUCUUUUAACCCGUUCCAGCCACCUCAGUGCCUCCUCUGAGGCAGAUGAAGCAGAAAUAGCAAUACAGAGAUGUUGCUCGGUUGUAGAUGAGCACACCGAGGGGUUAAUUAAGGGAGAAAACGAACUGGUUUCCUGCGACUCGCGGAGAAAAUUUAGAAGCACCGAGAAGAUAAAUGUGAUUAUCAAAGAUCCUUCCGGGAGUUUUACUUCCCUAAGCUUUGACGACACGGUAGACAAACGUUCCGAUGGAACUGUGGCGGAAACCUUGAAGGAAGUGGUCCACAUAGACCUGGACACCCAAGAUCAAACCGGACAUGUAUUCAGGGAUUUCCUCAAUCAGCCUGAUGAGAACAUUGAUAUAGUAGAUAUAAAGUUCUAUGCUAAUAAACUGGGCAAAGCUCUUAAUCAUUUUAGAUCUGCUCUAAAAGUGGUUUUCAAUAAGCUCGAAAGUCCUGAGGUCUUUAUGGAGAGCAAAGAGAGUGGAUUUCCAGUGCAUGACUGUGACAGUUUAGCCAGUGUGGGCACCGGGCACUUCAAUGACAGUAUCCCCACUCAGUCAAGCAGAAGCAACAGCUACAGUUCCAGCUCCAAUCUCAAGGAAGAUGCCUAUUUUGUCCUCAACAGGGUCUCCUCUCUACCUCAUGAGACUUCUAUCCCUUCCUUGAUCCUUUCCCCCGAUGUAGACUUGAAUUCUGCACAGCCCCUGUCACAGUCGGACGAGACCAUGGAGUCCAGCGAACUGACAGAAGAGCUGAAGGAAGCCAAACCCAUGAGACUCGAUCAGGUGUGCGCGGAGACCAUAUACCUGAACAAGUGCAUCAACAACUUCAAGAACGUGCUGAAGGAGAAGAAGAAGAUGCAACGGAAGCUCCUGAAGGACAUUGUGCAGGAGACGUUCUGGGUCUCUGGAGAAGAAAUGACUUCAGAGGAGAGUAGAGCAGAAUAUCAGACACAAGAUGAUGGGGAUCCGUCUAAGCCACCGUGGUUUAAAGGAGGACCGGCGGGAGGGCUCUAUGGCAUCGACAGUAUGCCCGAUCUGCGCAAGAAGAAGCCCAUCCCUCUGGUCAGCGACUUGGCUAUGUCGCUGGUCCAGUCACGGAAAGCCGGUAUCAGCUCCGCCAUGGCGACCCGCACGUCUCUGAAGGAUGAAGACCUGAAAACCCACGUGUACAAGAAGACGCUACAGGCGCUGAUCUACCCCAUCUCCUGCACAACCCCCCACAACUUUGAGGUGUGGACGGCCACGACCCCCACCUACUGCUACGAGUGUGAGGGGCUGCUGUGGGGUAUUGCCCGCCAGGGGAUGCGCUGCUCCGAGUGUGGCGUCAAGUGCCACGAAAAGUGCCAAGACUUGCUCAAUGCCGACUGCUUGCAGCGGGCGGCGGAGAAGAGCUCCAAGCAUGGAGCAGAGGAUCGCACCCAGAAUAUUAUCAUGGCCAUGAAAGAUCGGAUGAAGAUCCGGGAGAGGAACAAGCCGGAGAUAUUUGAGGUGAUCAGGGACGUGUUUGAUGUGGGGAAGGUGGCCCAUGCCCAGCAGAUGAAAACUGUCAAGCAGAGCGUGUUGGACGGGACCUCAAAGUGGUCUGCGAAGAUCACGAUCACCGUGCUGUGCGCUCAGGGCCUACAGGCCAAGGAUAAGACCGGCUCCUCCGACCCCUACGUCACCGUGCAGGUGGGAAAGACAAAGAAGAGAACAAAAACCAUUUACGGGAACCUGAAUCCUGUCUGGGAGGAGAAAUUCCACUUCGAGUGCCAUAACUCAUCGGAUCGCAUUAAAGUUCGGGUUUGGGAUGAAGAUGACGACAUCAAGUCCCGCGUGAAGCAGAGACUGAAGCGCGAAUCCGAUGACUUCCUGGGACAGACGAUCAUUGAAGUUCGAACACUGAGCGGCGAGAUGGACGUGUGGUACAACCUAGAGAAGCGAACAGACAAGUCGGCCGUAUCCGGCGCCAUUCGGCUGCAGAUCAGCGUGGAGAUUAAGGGAGAGGAGAAGGUGGCGCCCUACCAUAUCCAGUACACCUGCCUGCACGAGAACCUGUUCCAUUACCUGACAGACGUACAAGGAGGCGGGGUUGUGAAGAUCCCAGAAGCCAAAGGGGACGACGCCUGGAAGGUUUACUUCGAUGAGACGGCCCAGGAGAUAGUGGACGAGUUUGCAAUGCGCUACGGCAUAGAGUCUAUUUACCAAGCCAUGACACACUUUGCUUGCCUUUCAUCCAAGUACAUGUGCCCGGGGGUCCCGGCCGUGAUGAGCACCUUACUCGCCAAUAUAAAUGCCUACUAUGCACACACCACGGCGUCCACCAACGUUUCUGCCUCCGACCGCUUCUCUGCCUCCAACUUUGGGAAAGAGAGAUUCGUCAAACUCCUGGACCAGCUGCACAACUCCCUGCGCAUCGAUCUGUCUAUGUACCGGAACAAUUUCCCAGCCAGCAGCCCGGAUCGCCUACAGGAUUUGAAAUCCACCGUGGACCUACUGACAAGUAUCACAUUCUUCCGCAUGAAGGUGCAAGAGCUGCAGAGCCCCCCGCGCGCCAGCCAAGUGGUGAGGGACUGCGUUAAGGCCUGUCUGAAUUCCACCUACGAGUACAUCUUCAACAACUGCCACGAGCUGUACAGCCGCGAGUACCAGGCAGACCCGACUAAGAAACAGGAUCUGCCCCCCGAGGAGCAGGGACCGUGCAUAAAGAACUUGGAUUUCUGGCCCAAACUCAUUACGCUGAUCGUUUCCAUCAUUGAGGAAGAUAAGAACGCCUAUACCCCUGUGCUGAAACAAUUUCCCCAGGAGCUGAGUGUCGGGAAGGUCAGUGCCGAGGUCAUGUGGAACCUUUUUGCCCAGGACAUGAAAUACGCCAUGGAAGAGCACGAGAAGCACCGGAUGUGCAAGAGCGCCGACUACAUGAACCUUCACUUCAAGGUCAAGUGGUUGUACAACGAGUAUGUGCGGGACCUGCCUGCCAUGAAGGAUAAAGUGCCUGAAUACCCAGCGUGGUUUGAGCAGUUUGUGAUGCAGUGGUUGGAUGAGAACGAGGAGGUGUCCAUAGAAUUCCAGAACGGCGCCUUGGAGCGAGACAAGAAAGAUGGGUUCCAGCAGACGUCGGAACACGCCCUGUUCUCUUGCUCGGUGGUGGACGUCUUCACGCAACUCAACCAAAGCUUCGAGAUCAUUAAGAAGUUGGAGUGUCCGGACCCGGUCAUCGUGGCGCAUUAUAUGCGCAGGUUUGCCAAGACCAUCAAUAAAGUUCUGCUCCAGUACUCUGAGAUCGUCGCCAAGAGUUUCCAGUCUUACUGCUUCAAGGAGAAACUGCCCUGCAUCCUGAUGAACAACGUGCAGCAACUGAGAGUCCAACUGGAGAAGAUGUUUGAGGCCAUGGGAGGGAAGGAGUUGGAUCCCGAGGCCAGCGACACCCUGAAGGAACUGCAGGUCAAACUCAACACCGUAUUGGAUGAACUGAGCACUGUGUUUGGGAACAGCUUCCAGUUCCGCAUAGACGAGUGUAUAAAGCAGAUGGCAGAGAUCCUGGGACACGUGAAGGGCACAGGGAAUGUGGCAGCCAAUGCCAGGAACACGGUGGCCCAGGAUGCAGAUAAUGUACUGAGGCCCCUGAUGGAUUUCCUGGAUGGGAAUCUGACCCUGUUUGCCACGGUGUGUGAGAAGACGGUGCUGAAGCGGGUGCUGAAGGAGUUAUGGCGAGUAGUAAUGAACACCAUGGAGAAGAUGAUUGUGCUCCCGCCCCUUACGGACCAGUCGGGGACUCAGAUGAUUUUCAGUGCAGCCAAGGAGUUGGGCCAUUUAUCCAAACUGAAGGAUCACAUGGUGAGAGAAGAGACGCGCAGCCUGACCCCCAAGCAGUGCGCUGUGAUGGACCUCGCUCUCGAUACCAUCAAGCAAUACUUCCACGCCGGUGGCAAUGGCCUGAAGAAGACCUUUCUGGAGAAAAGUUCAGAACUCCAGUCUCUGCGCUACGCCUUGUCCUUGUACACACAGACCACAGACACACUCAUCAAAACCUUUGUGCAAACACAGACGUCUCAGGGUUCUGGUGUGGAGGAUCCAGUGGGAGAAGUUUCCAUACAGGUUGACUUGUUCACACACCCAGGGACUGGGGAGCAGAAGGUGACAGUGAAAGUGGUGGCGGCAAAUGAUCUAAAAUGGCAGACGACGGGAAUGUUCCGACCCUUCGUGGAGGUGACAAUGAUCGGCCCCCACCAGAGCGACAAGAAGAGAAAGUUCACCACCAAGUCCAAGAGCAAUAACUGGGCGCCCAAGUACAACGAGACGUUCCACUUCAUCCUGGGGAACGAGGACGGGCCGGACUGCUACGAGCUGCAGGUGUGCGUGAAGGAUUACUGCUUCGCCAGAGAGGACCGCGUGUUGGGCAUCGCCGUCAUGCAGCUGCGCGACAUUGCGGAUAAGGGCAGCUGCGCCUGUUGGUGCCCCCUGGGGCGCCGGAUACACAUGGACGACACCGGCCUCACCGUACUGCGGAUCCUCUCCCAGAGAACCAACGACGAGGUGGCGCGGGAAUUCGUCAAGCUGAAGUCGGACACUCGCUCCACGGAGGAGGGGAGCUGAACUGGGGCAGGAGAAUCCCUUCCCGCACCAUAGUGGGGUAACUUGUGCCAAUUCUACCCCCAACGCCAGCCAGGAAGUGGAUGGCGGGAAUCUCGCUGCUGCUCUAACGGGAAUUUAUUUAUGUUUAGAGGCGAUACUUCCCCUUUAGUAUCCAAGCAAAGUGUUCCGGGGUUCCGCGACUGUCAAUGAUUUAUUGAAAAGGGAAUCUUAUCUGUGUCUCCAUGGUUACGGAGCUCCGGAAUUCUGUUGAUGUGACUGUUACAGAACCUGUAACCCCUGUGCUCGGCCACGCCCCCGGCUGAACUACACUUCCCAGCAUCCUCAGCACCCUACCAACGAUUUCCCAUUGUUUCCCCUUGAUACAAGGUGUUUUCUACACAGUUACAAACCCAAUAUUAUUAUUGCUACUAUUAAUAAGGGGGCGCUGUGCCCCAAAAGUGCCAUAACGUGUGUGAUAGUGAUUUGGGGGUGACCCCGCAGAUUUGUGGGCGACAUUCCUAUAUCUUUCUGUGGAUGAUGUGAAACUGAAGAUAUAUUUGCACAAGAGACGUAACAGCCAAUCAGGAGGCUGCUAUUUAUUUCACAAGUCUCCCUCCUCCACCUGAAUGUGAAUGUUGGGAGCGACGGUGCGGCUGGUUUUUGCUCCCAGAACCUAGAACAGUGCUAGAUCAGCAGAGGGGGCAAUUGUGGGACUUACAUCUGCCCUGAACCUUGCUUUCCUGCAGUGUUGGGCAGUACAACCCAUGUUACAUAGCAUGGAGGCCUCCAUACCUGAUUACUGCCAUACUGACCCGCGGAUGCCCCGCCUCCUUAGCAGAAUACGGGGAGACUUUGUAUCCUAUAGAUUUCUGAUCAUCGUUAAGUGCCAUUGUCACUAAUACACUUAGUUUAACCUGUAAUAAAUGAUCUUUUAGCACCUU